AUGUCAUGCCCCUUGCCGUCCGCGCUCCAGGCGCAGGCCCCUCUCGACCAGCAACUCUCGAUUGUCCGCGGCUCUUCUAAGCCGGCCCUUUUCCACCUUACGUUAGGUCAGCUAGUUGACCAACAGGCAGAGAAAUACGGCAACAAGGAUGCCAUUCUCACUAGCUGGACGAAUGCUCGCCUGUCCUUCCGAGAUGUGAGCCGUCGCUCCAAGGAGCUCGCGCGCGGCCUCAUGGCCCUUGGUGUGCGCAAGGGUGAUCGUAUAGCCGUCUUCUCUGGCGAUGACGAAAGAUUCAUUGAUCUGUUCUUCGCGGCUGGGCGAAUAGGCGCGGUACUUGUCAUUCUAAAUAAGACUUACACGCUCGCCGAAUGUUUGCGUGCACUCGAACAUACCGAGCCAAGCAUCUUCUUUCUUUCUGAUAUAGUUAACCGGCGACUAACGCUCCCCAUCCUGCAACAUAUACGACGCAACAGGGGUAGCCUCAGACAUGUCGUGUUGAUGCGCUGGGACGAGCUACCAACGCGUGCCGAACCGAUCUGGGACGAUGUCCUAGCUGUGGGCCGAGAGGUGUCGCCAGCAAUCUUGGAGCAGCUCGAGGAGUCGGUCGAUGUCCACUCCCUUGUCAACUUUCAAUUCACCAGUGGGACAACUGGGGCCCCUAAGGCCGCAAUGCUGAGUCACUUCAACAUCACAAACAACGGCUUCAUCAUUGGCGAAUAUCUUCAAUUGACAGAUGAAGACGUAAUCUGCUGCGCCCCCCCUCUAUUUCACUGCUUCGGUCUUGUUGCGGGCUUAUUGGCCGCCUUUACCCACGGUGCGACCAUCGGAUUCGCUGGCCGCGACUUCGACGCCGCCCAAGUGGUCGAUAUGCUUGUUCGAGAGCGGUGCACAGUGCUACAUGGCGUCCCCACCAUGUUCACUGCUAUUAUGAAGGAGCUCGACCGAACUGGCAUUAAGAUCAACACCCUAGUCAAAGGCAUUGCCGCAGGCGCCAAGAUCCCCCCGGCACUCCUCGACGAGAUUGAGAGAAGGCUUGGAUAUAAACACGCGGCCAUCACUUACGGCAUGACUGAAACAUCGCCGGCCAGUUUUAUGACAGCAGUGACCGACGCUCGUGAGCAGAAACUAGAGACCGUGGGCCAGGUCCUUCCCCACGUGACGGCCAAGGUGGUCGACGUUGACAACCGCAUCGUACCUCGUGGCGUGCGCGGCGAACUCUGCGUCUCCGGCUAUCUGCUACAGCAAGGCUAUUUUAAGAAUCCCGAGAAGACGGCCGAGGUUAUGAUUCGAGAUGAUGACGGCGUGGUGUGGAUGCAUACUGGCGACGAAGCUACCAUCGACGAGCAGGGGUACUGCCGCAUCACAGGCCGUAUCAAGGAUAUUAUUAUCCGCGGUGGUGAGAAUAUCUAUCCCCUUGAAAUUGAGGAACGGCUCCUGCGGCACCCGGCAAUAAGCCAGGCCAGCGUCGUCGGCCUCAGGGAUGAAAAAUAUGGCGAGGCGGUCUCUGCCUUCCUACAGCUACGUGACGGGCACGAGAAGCCGUCCUUGCAUACGCUGCAGGCCUGGGUGAAGGAGGAGCUGGGGGCGCACAAGGCCCCACAGCAUGCCAUCUGGGUUGGUCCCGGUGAGCCAGUGCCUGCGUACUCUACUACCGGGACGGGCAAGAUUCGGAAGGAUAUUUUGCGUGAGGCUGGCGAAAAGCUGUUGAAAGGGUCUAAUGGCCCCCUUACGGCUAAGUUGUGA